CCAGCCGCCAUUAUACCACCAAAGAAGGAGACGAUGACGUCAUCAAACAGCGAUUGCAUGUGUUUUUACAAACGUGCAAUCCUAACACCAGCAUCGAUCAAAACUUUCAUCAGUUCGCCCUUUAAUUUCAUCUUUUCAUGUUUUCCUCAUUAGUAAAUGCUUCGUGAAAAUGUCUGUUUUUCAUGACGAAGUGGAGAUAGAGGACUUUGAAUACGACGAAGACGAAGAAAUGUUUUACUUUCCGUGUCCCUGCGGGGACAAAUUCGCCAUCAGCAAAGAGGAUUUAGAAAAUGGUGAAGAUGUGGCAACGUGUCCCAGCUGCUCGCUUAUUGUCAGGGUUAUCUACGACAAGGACUCAUUCAUGGUGGGAGAAGUGUUGGAGGCCCCCUCAGAAAGCAAAGUGGAGGUGCUUCAAACCUGAUUCACACUUGACUAAACAAGGACAAAUGUGUACUUGAUGACUGCUGAUGUAUGCAUCUGCCUUAUUUUUGGACUUUUUUAUGCACUUUAUUGUCCACUCAGCAGGUAAUAAUGAUGCCCCAACUGGCAUUACAUUACACAUUUUUAUAUUGCUGACAAACUUGCUUUAUGCUCUGUAACUGAUGGAAAAAUACACAAAUUCAGCAUUUUUUUGCACGGGAAACUGUUAACAACCCCACACAUUACAUUUAUAACACAGAUCAGUGGACAAAUACUCAUAUUUAUUUAAUGUUGUUAUUUGUACUCUUCCUGAUGUUGAUUCAUCACAUGAUCAGGUAAUAGAUAUGCAUAAGUGCAGUCCCAAAGCAGCUUAUAAGAAAGCGUGCUGAGGUUGUUUUUUAAGUAAUGGAAUUAGAAAUGUGUAAAUAUGUCAAUGUUCACGUUAUUUUAUUCAUUUGUAGUCAUAGCAUUGUGUAAGCAAGUAAGCAUGUCUCAAGUACUUUCUUCAUGCUAAUAAUACAAUUAUUUUAAAUAAAUAAAUGACUCCUAUUAAAUC